AUGCCAUCCCUCGCUUUCGGCCUCAACUCCGCCAAGUCGUCCUCAGGCGUCUCGAAGCCUGCGCCGAAACGCAAAGCGUUCUUCGACGAAGACGAAGAUGCAGGCGAGAACUCCGCGGCUGCGCCUGCGCCUGCAUAUGGAGCAAAGAAGACCUCGAAGCCCCUACGACCCCUAAAAGACCUUGAUGAUGACGAUGAUGACGGAGAGCCGCCGAGCAAGUCGCCAAAGCUCUCCCAGUACGGUCUGCAGCUUCCCAAGGCCAAAUCCUCCGGAUCGGCGACAGGGACGGACCAAUAUGUCAACCUGUCGGCACUGCGCAGUGCCAAAUUGCAUGACGAAGAAGCCUCGAAGAUAGACUCAUCUGUCUACGACUACGAUGCGGCCUACGAUACCUUCCAUGCAGAGAAAGAGAAGAAGUCAAAUGAAGCGGGGGAACCUUCGGGACCCAAAUACAUGGGUUCGCUACUGCAGAGCGCCGAGGUGCGGAAACGAGAUCAGCUCCGGGCGCGCGAGAAGCUACUGCAACGUGAAAGAGAAGCGGAGGGAGAUGAAUUCGCCGACAAGGAGAAAUUCGUGACCGGAGCAUAUAGGAAGCAACAGGAGGAGAUCAAGCGCAUGGAGGAAGAGGAGAAAAAGAGAGAGGAAGCCGAGGAAGAGCGGCGCAGGCAAGGCGGAGGCAUGACCGCUUUCCACAAGCGGAUGCUAGAGAAGGAUGAAGAGAGGAUGCGGUUGAUCAAAGAGGCGGAAGAGGAAGCAGCAAAGAGAAAGGAAGGUGGUGUGGAGGAGGAGACGCCGAUCGAGGAAGAGACAUCCGAAGCAAAGAUGGCCGAGGAACUGAAUAAGCAAGGAGCACACAUUGUCGUCAACGAUGAAGGUGAGGUGGUCGACAAACGACAGCUCUUGUCUGCUGGCCUGAACGUUGCGCCCAAGAAGCCCGGGAAAGAGCAACAGGCACCUACAAGAGCAGAAUCUGCCCGAAAGGAUGAAUACUGGAGAUCCUCCAAGGCAGUAGAUGCGCGCCACGCUCAGCGCGAGAGACAGUCACGGAUGAUGGAGAGACAGAUUGAGGAAAUAGCGGAGAAACAGAAACAGGUCGAAGCGGAAGAGGAGAAACAACAGCAGGACAAGAUCAAGAGCAAGGUCAGCGAAGCCGAUAAGAUGAGUGCCAGGGAGAGAUUUCUGCAACGGAAACGGGAAAGAGAAGAGGAAGCAAGGAAGAAGAAAGAGGCUGGCGGUUGA